UGGAUGGGCUACCAAUCAGGAGGGGAGAACGGGGGCGAAUCGCUCGUUGUGCCCUCCUCUCCUCGGCGGCUGGCAGUCGCUCGGCGCGGCUGCAUCGCGAGGGUCUCGCCGCCACUCGGUUCGCGCUGGAACUCGCUCACGUGUGUACGAAGUGCCAGCUUCGCAUUUCGAAGUUAGAAAUCUGUUUCUAGUAGCUGAGUUCGCGCAAAUGACGUAACAAUUUUAUUUCAAUUGGUUCUCUCUUUCGUCGUAGGCCUUAAGUCUUCAGUGUUUAAUUGCUGGAGAGAUACUGUAUUAAAUAAAAUUAGGAAAUUGUUACUAAAGUUGGGGCUGGUGAAGUGAGGAAUCUGUGAUAAAUCUCUUGGUGAUCUUCGUAUAUGACGUCCGUGGAUCAAGUUUCCAAUGUUAUAUUUUAAUGUGAGUUUUGUUAAUGUGAACUAACAACGGAUUUGCCUGCAGAUGCAAGUCGCUACAAGGAUCAAGUCGUCUAUGAAUUUUGAAGGAGUUACAUCGUAAAAGGAAGAACUUCCUAGAAACAAGGAAACGGUGCGCAGACUGGCAGCAGACAUCUCCGAAGCUGCAGAAACUGUUUGAAAAUCAGCCUCAGCCGUGGAACACAGUAAACGGCGCGUAUUGGAAUCGCUGGCUGCACACAGGCAACGGGGCGGUACAUCGCCAAUUAGAAAAACCCAAAAAAAUAGAAAAACUGGAACAGCAAAAUGAAUACAAAAUGAAAUUUUACCCAAGAUAUUGAUUCAAGAGGCAUAAUGAAUGUAUCCACCGCAAAAAUGACGAUGUCUCCGUGACUUCCAUACGACAUGACCAUCUCCGCCACCUGAUGCCUGACAUCAGUCCCUCCAUCACCUCUGCCACCUUGCGACCAAUUGUUUCAAUUAAACUGCAACUUCCUUCCCGGCCCUGACUUACGUGAACUUUUGAGAGAGGUCCGCCAAGGACAUUAUUUUAGGCCCCGCAGUCGCAGCUAGCGCCACCCAAGCAAGAUGGCGCCACUGGACGGCUCGCCGGCGGACGAGUGCCGCUGGCUGGAGCUGAUGAAGAGCCAGCGCGAGAAGUCUGAGAACGACAAGAAGGAGUGGAUGCGCAUCCGCC